ACUUCAAACAUCCCUUGAUUUCAAAUUCAGUCUUAUAUUUUAUAUACAAUUAGCAUAUAAUAUUUUCUAACUAAUGUUGCCAUCCUGGCAAAGCCUGUUGCGCUGGAAGCCACUGAAGGUGGAGGGACUGCGUCGAGCGGCCGACGGCAUACAGCCGCUGGAGACCAUUGACUUGACCACAAUUGAUGAGAAGGUGCCAGUCAUGAUGCCACUACCCGAUGGGAACAAUGCCCUCUACUCGUGCCCCAUUUGCAUGAGUCCUCUGGAACAGCCGGUGACCACCAUGUGCGGCCACAUCUUCUGCAAGCAAUGCCUGACCACCGCCUUGAAUCCAUUCCGCAACUGCCCCAUUUGCAAGAAGUCCGUGACGAAUUUCAUUCGCAUAUACACCUAAUACUGCGGCACCCUUGUGUUCCAAUUAGUUAUCGUUUCUAAAAGUUACCAAUGUGCAUCAUGUUAGUGUUUCUAAUAUUGAUAUUCAUCAAACUACAGGAUCAGCAGACACCUUAUAUACCAUCAAAUCUUUAAUGUGAUUAUUAUGAGUUUUUACAAUUUUGGCGCACAUAUUUUUAUUGCGUGUCAAUGGCAAAAAGCGCGUCACAAACGCACGGAGCACAGACUCAGUGGGCCGUAAAGACCUGUGCAGUCCGACACAGAUACAGAUACAGAUGGAUGUAUCUUCGGCGGGGAGCGGCUACAGCCAGAUAUAUACUUCUAUCUCUCGGUUAGCCAUAAUAUUUCUAUCGCCGACUGCCGACAGCCGACGGCACGACCUUGUCCCACGGCUCAACGCGUAGAAAGCGAAAAAGAAGCGGACGGCAGAAGAUCAAAUCGGAAUGAUAUAAACCACACCAGAGCACUGGGGACAUUCCUCUUGGAUGCAUUAUGAAGUGCAUAUUUUAAUAAGAAAUUCUUUUUAAAAAGGUUUUAGUAAUUAAAUUAUAGUGGCGUUUUUCAAGUUUGGUAUUGG